CAAUAUGAAAAUCAUUUCCCUUUUUUUUUUUUUUAAUAAGUAUGUAUUAAUUAGCAUAAAAAUUUAAUUUAACCAAAUGUGCAUGCCACUUUCUUUUGUACAUUAUUCAAACGAUAACUUUUUUUUCAUGAUCAACCACUCAUUCAUUUGAUUGUUGUUGAAUUUUGUCUUUGAAUUUCUUUACCUUUUUUUUUCAUUAAUAAAAUAGUCAUACGACAUUAUUCAAACUGGAGUAUAACUUUUUUCAUGAUCAACAACACAUUCACUUGAUUGUUGUUGAAUUUUGUCUUUGAAUUAAUUUUUUUUUUCAUUAAUAAAAUAGUCAUACGACAUUUACAAUAACACUGAUGAGGAAAUUAUGUCCGAAUUUCGACAAGGAAGAUGCACUCGAGACGAUUCUCGAGGUGCCGAUACCGGAGGAGAUGUUCAACAACAUGGGCAACAACGUUGCGUUGCGUUGUCAAAAUAUGCAACAUUGGAUGAAAGCUCAGGCGUCGGAAAAGUGGUCGUCGCCGGUGAUUCUUGGCCGGAUUAAUGAACUCCGGUUCAUUCUUUAUCAUAUUGGUUCACCACUUAUUCCUCUUCAGGUUCACAUUGACAAGAUUAGUCGUCCAGUUAGAGAUAGUUCCAUUCAAACAUCAACUGCAAAGUACAUAGUACAGCAAUACAUUGCAGCAACAGGAGGGCAAGCAGCAAUAAGCUCAAUACAAAGCAUGUGUGUAAUAGGACAUGCUAAAAUUGGCGCGACUGUUUUCCAUUUAGGUGAUCAAAUUGUAAGGGGAAAGAACACCGAAGAAGUCGGAGGAUUUGUACUUUGGCAAAAGAAUCCAGAUUUGUGGAGUUUAGAAUUUGUGGUUUCUGGGUGUAAAGUUUUCUCAGGAAGUAAUGGUAAGGUUUCUUGGAGGCAAUCAUCAAAUCAACCUUCUGUUACUACUGGUUCUCCUAGACCAUUGCGCCGGUUUUUACAAGGGUUAGAUCCAAGAGCAACAGCCAACUUAUUCAUAGAUGCAAUAUGCAUAGGAGAAAAAGUCAUAAACCAUGAAGAUUGCUUCAUCCUCAAACUUGAAACAAGCCAAACAACUCUUGAUGCACAAAGUGGACCAAAAUAUGAGAUCAUUCACCACACUUUAUGGGGCUACUUCAGCCAAAGAUCAGGCCUCCUACUCCAAUUCGAGGACUCGAGAAUGCUCCGGUUGAAGAACAACGUUGACAACGACGAUGGAGACGGCGUGUUUUGGGAGAUAAGUGCAGAGUCAUUCAUAGAAGAUUAUAGGUAUGUUGAUGGGAUUAACAUAGCUCAUAGUGGUAAAACCUCUGUUAGGGUGUUUAGGUAUGGUGAACAUUCAGCUAAUCAUCAAAGGGAGAUUGAUGAAACAUGGAAGAUUGAUGAAGUUGGUUUUAAUAUUUGGGGUUUGGAUCCUGAUUUCUUUUUGCCACCAAGAGAAUCACAAGUUGAGGCUUCAGCUUUUUGAUCUUUGGUCUAAUUG